UCUAUAUCUUUAAACCAUUCAUUAACCUAACCAAAAAGAAAAACCCCAAAGUGAUCAAACCCUAAAAGCUCCCUCCUUUACAGUCUAAUCCCGUAGAAGAAGAAAAAACAAGAGAAACCAACAACCAGAAGAAGGAAACCACGAAGGAUCUUUACGUACAUAUAGCGAAGGGGGUUUGAAGCGAAGACAAAUCGGGGAAAAAAAGAUCAACAACGAUGACGAUGAUGUUGCGAUCGCUCGCUAGGCCGCUCGAGCGUUGCCUUGGGUGGAGGGCAGGUGGGGAUGCUCUCAUGUGGCAUGCUGAUCUUAAACCCCACGCUUCCGGUGAUUACUCCAUCGCCGUUGUUCAAGCUAAUAAAAGCCUCGAAGAUCAAAGCCAAGUCUUUACAUCUUUUGGUACCUAUGUUGGUGUUUAUGAUGGUCAUGGUGGCCCUGAAGCUUCCAGAUUUGUCAACAAACAUCUCUUCCCUUUUCUCCACAAAUUUGCUACAGAGCAAGGGGGGUUAUCUGCAGACGUGAUAAAGAAGGCAUUCAGUGCUACUGAAGAGGAGUUUUUGCGUUUGGUGAAACGAUCAUUGCCUGUUAGGCCUCAAAUUGCUUCGGUGGGAUCAUGCUGUCUUGUUGGUGCUAUAUCGAAUGAUGUGUUGUAUGUGGCUAAUCUCGGCGACUCGAGAGCUGUUCUCGGCAAGAGAGUCUCGGAGGGUGAGAAGAAGAAGGUGGUGGCAGAGAGGCUGUCGACCGAUCACAAUGUCGGAGUCGAGGAAGUAAGAAAGGAGGUCGAGGCACUUCAUCCGGAUGAUUCUCAAGUAGUGGUGUACACACGCGGAGUAUGGAGGAUUAAGGGCAUAAUCCAGGUGUCAAGGUCCAUUGGUGAUGUUUACUUAAAGAAGCCCGAUUUCUAUAGAGAUCCAAUCUUUCAACGAUUUGGGCACCCUGUUCCCCUCAAAAGACCAGUUAUUACAGCAGAACCCUCCAUCCUUAUUAGAAAGCUCAAGCCACAAGACCGAUUUCUGAUCUUUGCAUCGGAUGGCCUAUGGGAGCAGUUGAGUGAUGAAACCGCAGUCGACAUCGUGUUCAGAAACCCCCGAGCCGGUAUUGCUAAGAGAUUAGUAAGAGCCGCUCUUCAAGAAGUCGCGAAGAAAAGAGAGAUGAGAUAUGGUGAUAUUAAGAAAAUCGAAAAGGGAAUAAGACGCCAUUUCCACGACGAUAUAACUGUUAUUGUUAUUUAUCUCGAUCAAUACCAAAGCUCUUCGAAUAAUAAGAUUAAACACUGCCAGGGUGUGCCGACGGCGCCGAUCGAUAUCUACUCGUACAAUGCAGAUGAAGGAAACGAAGAAGAGUUGCUUAAAACAAUUUCUGAGUACAGACGAAGUUAUAUAGGUUUAGCGCACCGACUUUUCUUGCGAGUUUCUUCAUGUAUAGACACCAAAUGAUACGUGGGAUUGGAUCUUAAGGUACUUUAAGUCACUGAAGGGUUGGCGAUGGGAGGAUUCCGACAGAAGCAGGCGGCUGUGGGUGUUUCCCAUGAAGUUCUACCAACUCCGAUCAUCGUUUCUUGUCCGUUGAUAUGGAUGAAUCCCACACGAAUGGAAGGCAAACGAAACACCAUUGCUUUAUUAUUUUUUUAUUGUUCAUUGUUGAGUUUAUAUUUUGCUUUAUUACGAACUCUGUCCCUUUGUUUUAUGAAAAUUGAGUAGUUGA